GUUGCCAGGCAACUUCUUGUAUACACAUGUUGGUACUGCUGCAAAUAGUUUGAGAAACGAGCAUGCAAACGUAUUUAUAAACUUAUCGACACUAACAGAUUGACAGUAAAAAAAAACUUUGAUAGGUUAACAUGCCUAUGACUCAGAAACACGCGACGGUGAAAUCUAAACAGGGAUUAAAUAUCCAGUCAAAAGCACCUGUUGCAAAGGGCAUGAAAGUGAAAAAGAAGGAUGAUGACGAUGGGAUUGAAACAGUAGAAGAAUCAAUGCAGGGAAAGACUGUGAAGCCUCCAGACCAGCUGGACUUAACUGAGACAGAGUUGAAUGAAGAAUUUACAAGAAUACUAACAGCAAACAAUCCACACGCUCCACAGAACAUUGUUAGAUAUAGUUUCAAAGAUGGCUGCUAUAAGCAAAUCAGUAGUGUGGAUCAGCUGGCUAUUCACUUUGAACUUGAAGGGAAUCUUUUGCACAAGGAUACCAACGAGGCUCGGAGACAGGUGGCUAAAAAAGGCAUCAUGGAGGAGAAGCUAAUAGAGGAUGUGGUUGCUGAAGAGGAAAAACCUGUAACUCCAGUGACUGAGCAGGUGGAGGGUGGAGAGGAUACUGCUGAAGGGGAGGACGGUGGAGGCGAGGAGAGGCCAGACAGUGUGGACAUCAAAGCUGGCAAAAAAGAGCAGAAACUCACCAACCAGUUCAACUUCAGUGAGAGGGCUUCACAGAUUCUGAACAACCCUCUAAAAGAAAGAGGUUGUCAAACACAACCUCCUCCUCGUGCAAACUUCUCAGCAACAGCCAACCAGUGGACGAUCCAUGACUUUUAUGUAGAAGAACUUCAAAGGCAGGAGAAAAUUAAAGAGAAGCAGAAAGCCCAGCCUUCAAAGAAAGAGGACGAUAAAGGCAAGAAGAAAAUAGUCACAGCAGAAACUCAGAGUGAUGACAUAACAAAAGUGGCUAAGGUGUCCAAGAUCAUUGAGCGUAUGGUGAAUCAGAACACAUUUGAUGACAUUGCACAGGAUUUUAGGUACUUUGAAGAUGCAUCCGAUGAGUUUCGAGAGCAGGAGGGCACUCUUCUCCCAUUGUGGAAAUUCCAAUAUGAUAAAGCCAAAUGUCUGUCUGUGACUGCCCUCUGCUGGAAUCAAAAAUACAAAGAUUUGUUUGCUGUUGGUCUUGGAUCAUAUGAUUUCACUAAACAGGGACGUGGUAUGCUUCUCUUCUACUCCAUGAAAAACCCCACGUACCCAGAAUUCGUCUUCACCACACCCUCAGGCGUCAUGUGUGUAGACAUCCAUGAACAUCUCUCCUACCUGGUGGUUGUGGGUUUUUAUGAUGGCUGUGUUGCAGUGUACAACCUUAAGGAACAGAGCGAGCAGCCAGCCUAUAUGAGCACAGUCAAAACAGGCAAGCACAUGGACCCUGUGUGGCAGGUGAAGUGGCAGAAAGAUGAUUUGGACAGUAAUCACAACUUCUUCUCAGUGUCCUCUGAUGGACGGGUGGUGUCUUGGACUCUUGUGAAGAAUGAACUAGUCUUUACAGAUAUCAUCGACUUUGAGGGCGCUAUACCUGAUGGCCAAUCAAGUAUGCACAGCACAGCUUGUGGAACAGCUUUUGACUUCCAUAAACAGAUCGACUACCUUUUUCUUGUUGGCACUGAGGAAGGAAAGAUUUACAAGUGCUCCAAAUCCUAUUCGAGCCAAUUACUGGAGACAUACGAUGCCCACAACAUGGCGGUUUAUGCUGUAAGGUGGAACCAUUUCCAUCCCAAUGUCUUUAUUUCCUGCAGUGCAGACUUCAAUGUGAAAAUCUGGGAUCACACAGUCACGGCACCCAUGUUUACAUUUGACCUGAAUGCUGCAGUGGGAGAUGUGGCCUGGGCUCCGUACUCAUCCGCUGUCUUUGCUGCUGUCACUACUGAUGGAGAGGUUCAUGUGUUUGACCUCAGCAUCAACAAAUUUGAGGCUCUCUGCCAGCAAGCGGUAGUAGCUAAGAAGACCAAACUAACUCACAUUGAGUUCAACCCCGUUCACCCAAUCAUCAUCGUGGGCGAUGACCGUGGCUAUGUCACCAGCCUAAAGCUCUCUCCCAACCUCCGCAAGAAGCCUAAGGAAAAGAAAGGCCAGGAGUUGCAGAAGGGGCCGGAGGUGGAGAUUGCGAAGAUGGAGAAACUGUUGAGUUUGCUGAGGGAGCCUGGGAGCAAUCAGCAGAACUGAGGCGAGAGAAUAACAAAUCAACAAAUACUCACAUUUUUAUAUGUUGUUGAAUAUCAUUAUUACCAAGCUUUAUCUUUAUUGGUCAAUCGUAGCAUUUAGAGGUUUGGUUAUAGCUUCAGUCUGAAUUUAAAGUGCAUACUAAUGGAUAAAAAGCCACAAAAGUGCGAUUUUAUGGGGUGUUGAAAGUAAAAAUCUUUAUGAUAAAAGUGGAUAUAAAAAAGACAAAGACUUUAUAUAGAUAUUUUUAUGCCUUUAUUAAACACGUUCAUAAAUAUAAUUUUCUUUCCUCUCAGUUAUUACCCUUUGCAUAAGCACAUUUCAUAUUACAAUGUAUCAAACCAGCACUCUCCAGCUCUCACACUUGAUCAUUUAUUUGCAUGCGCGUCCUAAUUAGCAUAGCAUCCACUGCUAACAGGUUUCCUGCAGGUGUACUAGGCUUCACUAAUGCUUUGUUAGGCACUACUGAAUUACCAUUGAGUGUCUCUUACCCUUUACAUAAACCACUGCAGGCGGAGUGAUGCUACUAAACACUCCCGCCAGCCCACACUCAACCAGUGUUUUUAUAUCUUGUCCCAAUUAUCAUUACUAGGAAAACAUGUCAUCUUUAUACGAUGUAAAUUUAUACUUUUCAGUGCCUGUCAAUGGAAAUUACAAUUUUUGUAACUGGAUGCUUAAGUAACGGCUUUUAAUUGGUCCAUAAGUAACACGUGGUUUGUAAUGCCACACAAGCACGUCCAAUUAGGCCAUAAGUUUAAUACACAGUUAAGUGGACCAAGAUUUAAAAAAAUGUCUGUUUACAAUAUGCGGAGCUACCCAACAUGAAAUAAAAAAUAAU